CAAUCAGUGGUUCUAAGAUAGUUGUUGACUUCUCAACUAAUACAGAAUAUCAAAAACAUGAAGACUUUAUCUCUGAUCGUGGUGCUGGCAGCACUUGCAGUAUGCACUCAAUCUGCCAACCUGUCGCAGGGUCACCCCAGUGCGUUCUGCAGACUACUCUACAGGAACUACUACCGCAGAAACGCGAUCCCCAACGCAGUGCAAUACCAAGACGUGACCUACAGGUCCACUAACUCCACUGUUCGUAUCAGCUCUAUCAGGGCUACAGAAGUCGGUGGCACGCAGUUUGGCGUCCCCAGCAUCAGAGCAGGAGGAGUAAACAGGAACAAUGUGACCAUCAGAUUGACGUCAGCCAGAGGCCGUGGCUACUACUACAUGGUCGAAAUCUGGGGACGAUAAACUGAGGAGCAGUUUGGAUGUCAACGACAAUGAUAGGCUUUUUGAUAAGGACUUGUGAUGCAUUUUGAAGUUUUUUUGAAAAAUAAAUAUAGUUUUUGUACCAA